CAAGAAUGUUAGACCAUAAAGAAGCUAUCAUAUCUCAUUUAAGUUGGGCUAGUCUCUUCCUAGGAUUCCAUACCUUGGGCCUUUAUGUUCAUAAUGACGUCAUGCUUGCUUUUGGUACUCCAGAAAAGCAAAUCUUGAUCGAACCUAUAUUUGCCCAAUGGAUACAAUCGGCUCAUGGUAAGACGACAUAUGGGUUCGAUAUACUCUUAUCUUCAACGAGCGGUCCCGCUUUCAAUGCGGGUCGAACCCUAUGGUUACCCGGAUGGUUGAAUGCUGCUAACGAGAAUAGUAAUUCGCUUUUCUUAACAAUAGGACCUGGGGAUUUCUUGGUUCAUCAUGCUAUUGCUCUAGGUUUGCAUACAACUACAUUGAUUUUAGUAAAGGGUGCUUUAGAUGCACGCGGUUCCAAAUUAAUGCCGGAUAAAAAAGAUUUUGGAUAUAGUUUUCCUUGCGACGGCCCAGGUCGCGGCGGUACUUGUGAUAUUUCUGCUUGGGACGCUUUUUAUUUGGCAGUUUUCUGGAUGUUAAAUACCAUUGGAUGGGUUACUUUUUAUUGGCAUUGGAAACACAUCACAUUAUGGCAGGGCAACGUUUCACAAUUUAAUGAAUCCUCCACUUAUUUGAUGGGAUGGUUAAGAGAUUACCUAUGGUUAAAUUCUUCGCAACUUAUCAAUGGAUAUAAUCCUUUUGGGAUGAAUAGUUUAUCGGUAUGGGCGUGGAUGUUCUUAUUUGGACAUCUUGUUUGGGCGACUGGAUUUAUGUUCUUAAUUUCCUGGCGUGGAUAUUGGCAGGAAUUAAUUGAGACUUUAGCAUGGGCUCAUGAACGGACACCUUUGGCUAAUUUAAUUCGCUGGAGAGAUAAGCCCGUGGCUCUUUCCAUUGUGCAAGCAAGAUUGGUGGGAUUAGCUCACUUUUCCGUGGGUUAUAUAUUCACUUAUGCCGCUUUCUUGAUUGCCUCAACAUCAGGCAAGUUUGGUUAAUUUAGUUAAUUUUUUUGUACUGUAUCAGCACCUAGUUCAUUACUCUUGAUGGAGGGGGAAGAUCCGCCUUCUUAGAUUUCUUUUUCUAUUUAUUUUUCCAUCUAGGAUUAGAACCGUAUACUUGGUAGAUAGUAGAAACGGCACAUUAUGGCAAAAAAAA